GUAUCACCACAACAAAAAGACAUCCAGCGCAUUUCCAGUUGAUAUUGAAGUCAAAGAAGUCCACGACUUUCUAAUUCUUCCUUCUCUAUCUUUCAAAUUUCCACAAACCUCUAUCUAUCCACAAACCGAACUCAUCACACGGCACACACACGAGUAACGAACCAUGAAACUCUCAAUUCCCCUCCUCCUCGCCGCUUUCGCCACGCAAGCUCUCGCCGAUAGACACCACUUCUGCUGGUGCGGAAGCGACCAAGUCCCCAAAAACGACCCUUGCCUAACACAAGCCGCCUGCGCCAGAUACCCUCAAGACAAAUUCUUCGGCGUCAAGGGCGGCGACCCGUCCGCACCGACGAUAUCGAAAUGGAGCGAGAAGAAGGCGAAAUGCUACAGCACGCGCGCGUGGCCCGUCAUCCCGCAUCCGUUUUUGGGCGGAAACGAGUUUGCAGAUGCGUGCUUUGCCGCAGCGGCGGAUCAGGCUGUCGUUGGUGCCUGUGAUGUUUCGUCGGGAGUUAGGACGGGGGUUAAGUCGUAUUGUUCUGAGCCUUUUGACUGAGAGGAUGUGCGCUACUAGCUUUGAGAGGUAAGAUGCUUUCUCAAAGAUUAAACACUUGCAAGAUUCUAUCGAGGUAGUGGCUGACCUUUUUUGCCGUUCCCAGUCUUCUAUGGACUCACACUCAGAAUC